AUCCAUCGUCGGAAGUAUUUGCCGUUACUCCCGGGCUCACGCUGCCACUACAACCAACGGAAAUGGCGGUGACGGCUAGGCGAGCAGCGUGAAGUGCUUGAUGCUUUACAUGGAUAAAAAAAACCGACAGCUAGUACAUUGUUGGACAACUGACAAUGACGUCGAAGUAGAGCAUUGUUUGUAGUAGUCAUUACAAACCCAUAAAACCUUCCCGGGGAAGUUUUGAUCUUGUCGGCGGAGGAGCGAAAAUCUCACCGGGAGCAUGGCUUCUUCCAGCACUCAGUAUAUCUUCGGGGAGUUCAGCGCUGAUGAGAUCAAUCAGUUUUUUGUGACUCCCCGUUUUUAUGUCGAGCUUCCCCCAUUCAAUGACAAAGUUCAGUGUGUUAGUCAGUCUUCAGGAAGUUACUGCACUCCUGCUGUGCCUUUUAUUAUGGAGUCUAUGGGACUGCAGGUUUGCGCAGAAGACUUUCAGCGCAUUGAGUUUGGAGUUGAUGAGGUGAUGGACUCCAAGCCGGCUGAAGCAAACGAUCCUUUAUACAAGGUGUCGAGUACCCUGAACCCCCAGGCUCCAGAGUUCAUCCUGGGCUGCCAGGCGGCUCCGAAAGCUCAGCAGGCGGUUCCUCCAGUAGCUGACGUUGCUGACGGCAGCCACUUCAACUCGAUAGAUGGGCCGGACUCUGAAGCGUCAGCUUUGGACAAUCACCAGUCCUGCCAGGACGUAGACGGUCUCCCUGGCAGCCUGGGACAGCGAGAGAGAAAGAAAAAGAAAAAGCGACCGCCUGGGUACUACAGCUACCUGGACCCAUCAGCAGUUGGAAGCAUCACCAACGCUGUCGCAGCAGAUGGAGCUCCUGUGACAGCACUGGUAAAUGGACAUGCACUUGGAGGCCCACACCACAGUUCUGAGGAUGUGGAUAGUAAGCCAUUGUCAGUGGAUGAACUUAGUACCCCUGGCCCUGCUUCCAAUGCAACAUCAACAGCAUCUGUGUUUGCGCCCACAUCCACUGCCAAUCAGAGGACUUGUGAUAGCCCUGAGGACUCUUCUUUGGACUUAACCGGUGGAGCUGCUUCUUUAUCCGAUGGCAACAAUGCAACUUCCUCCUCUUCAUCCUCCUCUCAAAGCAGAGAGAUGACAGAGGGAUCAAGGACUGCAGAUCAGCAGCUGGGCCAUUUGGCUCCACACAGCCCUGAACUUUCAGAUACUCCCCCAAGCCCCCACUCCAAAUCUCCUCUUCCUCCCUCAGCUGUUGUGGCCACUCCCACUGUCUUUACUUCCACUACGACUACUGAACUAGUAGGAAACCUUGCAGCAGAUACCAGAGUGGCCAAUGGGCUAGAAGAGCCCAAUACUGAUGUCAGUUCAGAUGGACACAAAGAAGACUGUGACAGUGGGGAGCAAGGUCAGCCUCUUAGCCCAGACUCUGUGACCCAGCCUUUAGUAACAGAGCAGGCAAGCUCUCCUGCAGUUCCUGCUGCACCCACUGCCAAUCUUCCCAAAUCUUGGGCUAGCCUUUUUCACAACUCCAAGCCUCUGCCUGGCAGCCCUCAGGCCUUUGUAGAGGUGAAAAAUAUUGUGGAAGUUUCAUCUCCCUCCCCUGCAAUGCCAGAGCAACCUGAAAAGGUUGAGGAGAUUAAAGAAGGUCCUCUUCAUGUAUCAGAAGAUCCAAUGGCCCCAAAACUUGCAGACAUUAUUGAGAAUGUGAAGUUGAUACAUAAACCAGUGUCUUUGCAGCCGAGGGGGCUGAUCAACAAGGGGAACUGGUGUUAUAUCAACGCCACCCUUCAGGCCCUGAUUGCUUGCCCACCCAUGUAUCACUUGAUGAAGUCAAUUCCUCUGCAUAAUGAAACACAGAGGACCUGCACCUCUACACCCAUGAUAGACAACUUUGUUAGGCUGGUGAACGAGUUCACCAACAUGCCUGUGCCGUCUAAAACCAAACAGCAAACUGUUGGUGAAAAGGUUAUAAAAGACAUUCGUACUGGUGUACCUUUUGAACCUACGUACAUUUACAGACUUCUCACCCUCAUCAAGUCAAGCCUCUCUGAGAAGGGCCGACAAGAGGAUGCGGAGGAGUAUCUUGGGUUUACCCUCAAUGGACUCCAUGAAGAGAUGCUGGCAUUGAAAAAACUAAUCUCACCUCAGGAAGAGAAAGCUCCCACUCCCAACGGCCCAGAGUCCCAGCCAGGUGGAGAGGAAGAUGGAGCUGAUAAGGAGGAAGAAGGAAGUGAGGAUGAGUGGGAACAAGUGGGUCCCCGAAACAAGAUUUCAGUCACUCGCCAGGCUGACUUUGUCCGCACACCCAUCACUGAUAUUUUUGGUGGACACAUCAGAUCGGUGGUUUACCAACAGAACUCCAAAGAGUCGGCCACUCUGCAGCCGUUCUUUACCCUGCAGCUGGACAUCCAGUCUGAGAAGAUCCGCACCGUUCAGGAGGCUCUUGAAAUGCUGGUGGCUCGGGAGUCCGUGCAAGGCUACACCUCCAAAACCAAGCAAGAGAUUGAGAUCAGUCGGAGGGUAACUUUAGAAGAGCUGCCACCUGUGCUUGUGCUUCACCUCAAGAGAUUUGUCUUUGAAAAGACUGGAGGCUGCCAGAAACUCACAAAGAACAUCGAUUACCCCGUUGACCUGGAAAUCAGCAAAGAUCUCUUGUCCUCUGGAGUGCGGAGCAAAGUUUUGAAAGGCCAAAGAACUUACAGGCUCUUUGCAGUUGUUUACCACCAUGGAAACAGUGCGACAGGCGGCCAUUACACCACUGAUGUCUUCCACAUUGGUCUUAACGGCUGGCUGCGCAUCGACGACCAGGCGGUGAAGGUCAUCAACCAGUACCAGGUGUUGAAACAGACCGCCGAGCGCACCGCCUACCUGCUGUAUUACCGCCGUGUCGACCUGCUGUAGAGACGCCUAUUCACAUCCCUGCACACACAAUACCUGAAUACACACUGACGCGCACACACGCACCACAAACAUGCUCAGAACGCACUUGCUGACAAUAAAGUGGUUCUACAUAAAACACAGAAACACACCAAACUAAUGAACAGGAACACUGCCCAACUUGUUAUCUUGCAAGAUUUUCCUCUUCUUCCCUCCUGUCCCUGCUUUCCAGAGAACCAGCUUUUCCAACACCUUUUCCCUUGUCACCUUUUUUUUUUUAUUUCAAAAGAAGAAAAGCAAGCUGCUUUCACAAAGAUUUCCCUGUGACUGCUCUUUUGUUUUGUUCACCACUGCUGUUUGUUUUAUUCUUUUGUUUCACUUUUAAAGCAACAAGGAAGGACUGUUGAACAGACAGGUGGGGCAGUUGGGGGUACAGGUUGGGACCUGACACUCUCCUAGGACUGAGCCUACAGCUUAGCUCUGAUGGUUAACAGUGAACUGCUACAAGAGGAACUGUCUACCAAUACGCUGCAAGUGGACUGCAGGGGAAAUCUCUUCUUUAACUGACCUUUUUUUUAAGGAAAUUAUCUAAAAUAUCAGUGUUUGCCUUUAGCAAAAGAGAACUUUUGGCCUAAUAAAUUUGCAACAGUUUCAAGGCUUGCUGUUUGCCCUUGUACUUUGAAAAGGCCCAGCACCAGCAGUAUCACCAGUCUCAUCCCCCUCAGAAACCAGAUUGUGUUGUUCUUCUGCCACCACCACCUCCUCUUCCAUGUUCUCACUUUUAUGAUGCUUUUAAACCUAGAUACAACUUGAGCCAUAAAAAGCAGAAAGGAAAAAUAAAGAAAGGCGGUGCUUUGGAUGAAAACAGCUUCCUUGUUUUUGAACGAUCCUUAUAAUGGGGUUUUGGUUUAGAUUUAGAGUAUUGUUGAAAACAAAUCUAUUAAUGUGCUUUAGAAUUUAUUAACAAAUAAGCUUAUGUGCACAAAGAAUAAACUGAUGAAUACAAUGUGACAGGCAAAUGCAUAUUUUACAAAUAUUUACAUUCAGAUGUAUGAAAAGAGCAAAUUGAAAAAAGGAAAAAAAAAAACUGAUCUGGUUGACCAAAAACAGUUUAGGUCCUUAAGGACUGUUGCCAGUUUUUAAACGCAGUUCCUGUUCUGGAGAAGCAGCAAGAGGAUUAAGACAGAUCCCACAGUAAGACUUUUUUUUAAAAUUCCUUCCUUAUCUGUUCAUUUUCUUUUUAUUUGCUUGUCAGAGGUGUCCACCUGUGUGCUUGGUGGUUUUAUAGGUGUAGUAUUGAGCCACACGAUGUUCUUUCCCCCCCUCACUGCUGUAAUUGGGGGCUUCCUUCAAUUCAGUGGCAUUUUCCCACUCUGUAAAACUCUUAACGUCACAUCUCUGAAGAGUUAAGGAAAUCCCAACCUUUUCUGUGUUUCUGUUCUCCAGAGAAACAAUAAGUCAUGGGUGGGGGGAGUUAGGGCUACAUCAGCGCUAAGCUUUGCGUAGAGACCUUGGGCAUGCGCACAAAUGGAGAUGAUGUUUGCUUUUGUUGAAAUUUUGUUUUUUGCCUCUGGCUCAUUUAACUGUGAUUUAUUUUAUUUUUUUGCAUUACUAAAAUGUUUUUUUUUCUUUUUUUGUCAUUGAUUAGAUGUACUGCUCUUGCUCCCUUUAGAAAAAAAUGUGCUUGCAUUGGAAUUGGUGUUUUCAGAGAAAAUGAAAAGUUUAAAGCACAGCAUAAAAUAAAAUUACUAGUUCUUUGCUUGA